AUGCGAACCCCCUCCCAGGGCUUGCAUUUCCUGCUGCUAUUCACAAAGAUGCUUUUUAUCUUCAACUUCUUGUUUUCCCCACUUCCAACCCCGGCACUGAUCUGCCUCCUGACCUGUGGAGUCGCCAUCUUCCUAUGGCUCAUCAACAGGCCUCACCCAGUUCAGCCUGCGGUUGAUCUGAACCACCAGUCCGUGGGAAUUGAGGGAGGAGCACGGAAGAAUGCUCGCCAGAAGAGCAAUGAACUGCUAAGCUACUACUUCUCAGAUGCCAAGACGAUGUAUGAAGUUUUUAAAAGAGGACUUGCUGUGUCUGACAAUGGGCCUUGCUUGGGAUACAGAAAACCAAACCAGCCCUACAAAUGGCUGUCCUACAAGCAGGUGUCUGAUCGAGCAGAGUAUCUGGGAUCCUGUCUCUUGUAUAAAGGAUAUAAGCCAUCACAGGACCAGUUUGUUGGCAUCUUUGCUCAGAACAGGCCAGAGUGGAUCAUCUCUGAGUUAGCUUGCUACACGUACUCCAUGGUAGCUGUGCCCCUGUAUGACACCUUGGGAGCAGAAGCCGUCAUAUACAUCAUCAACAAGGCUGAUAUUGCCAUGGUGAUCUGUGAUACACCCAAAAAGGCAUCAGAUCUGUUAGAAAAUGUGGAGAAGGGCCUCACUCCAGGCCUGAAACUGAUCAUCCUCAUGAAUGUCUUCGAGGAUGACCUGAAGCAAAGAGGGGAGAAGAUCGGAGUUGAGCUAUUAUCCUUCUGGGAUGCUGAGAAUAUAGGCAAAGAGAAUUUCAGAAAACCCGUGCCUCCUGAACCAGAAGACCUGGGCAUCGUCUGCUUUACCAGUGGGACCACAGGUGACCCCAAAGGAGCCAUGCUAACCCAUCAAAAUGUUGUUUCAAAUGCUUCAGCUUUCCUCAAAUGUGUGGAGGAAACCUUUGCACCCACCCUCGAGGAUGUGAGCAUAUCCUACCUGCCCUUGGCUCACAUGUUUGAAAGGGUUGUACAGAUGGUCGUGUACUCCUGUGGAGCCAGAGUUGGGUUCUUCCAGGGAGACAUUCGAUUGCUGCCAGAUGACAUGAAGACGCUAAAGCCCACAUUGUUUCCCGUGGUGCCUCGGCUCCUCAACAGGAUCUAUGAUAAGGUUCAAAAUUCAGCCAAGACACCCUUGAAGAAGUUCAUGUUGAAAAUGGCUAUUUCCAGUAAAUUCGGCGAGGUGAAAAGGGGUAUCAUCAGACGUGACAGUUUGUGGGACAAGCUCAUCUUUAGAAAGAUCCAGGAGAGCCUGGGCGGGAAGGUGCGCAUCAUGGUCACUGGCGCUGCCCCCAUCUCCUCUCCUGUCUUGGAGUUCCUCCGAGCGGCCAUGGGAUGUCCGGUGUUUGAAGCUUAUGGUCAAACAGAAUGCACUGCUGGCUGUACAUUUACAUUACCCGGGGACUGGAAACCAGGUCAUGUUGGAGUUCCCCUGGCUUGCAAUCAUGUGAAGCUGGAAGAUGUGCCAGACAUGAACUACUUCUCAGUGAACGGUGAAGGAGAGAUCUGCAUCAAGGGUGUCAAUGUGUUCAAAGGAUACCUGAAGGACCCCGAGAAGACGGCGGAAGCCCUGGACAAAGAUGGCUGGCUUCACACAGGAGAUAUUGGUCGCUGGCUCCCGAAUGGAACUCUGAAGAUCACUGACCGUAAGAAGAACAUUUUUAAGCUGGCCCAAGGAGAAUACAUCGCCCCCGAGAAGAUAGAAAACGUGUACAGCAGGAGUGCACCAGUGCAGCAGAUUUUUGUACAUGGGGAGAGCUUACGGUCAUCCUUAGUAGCAGUGGUGGUUCCUGAUUCAGAAGUGCUCCCCACAUUUGCAGCCAAACUUGGGGUUAAAGGCUCCUUUGAAGAACUGUGCCAAAACCAAGUUGUAAAGCAAGCCAUUUUAGAAGACUUGCAGAAAAUUGGGAAAGAAGGUGGCCUCAAGUCCUUUGAACAGGUCAAAAGCAUCUAUCUUCACCCAGAACCCUUUUCCAUUGAAAACGGACUCUUGACACCAACAUUGAAAGCAAAGCGUGGAGAGCUUUCCAAGUAUUUUCAGACCCAAAUCAACAGCCUGUAUGAGAACAUGCAGGAAUAG